CCACCCUCUCCCCCUUAUGCUGCGCAUGCACACAGCAUUACACACGGCUCAAAGCCGUCCUGUGUGCGAGACUCUGCCGGUUUCUCCCGGAUGGCAAAAAGCCGGACAACAGCCCUGUGUACCCGACAUCUGCUAUACUCUUGCCAGACCAUUGCUUCUGCCCAUGUUGUGUAUCUUAUGACACUUCUGUCCGCUCCCCUUGAUGUGAGUGCGCCCCCACCCCGAGCCACAGUGCAGGACAAGUGACAGUCGGAGCGGUGCUGAACUUGAAGCCAUAGGCGCCGCUGUGGAACUUUCUCUCCGUACGCGUCCUGGGUGUGUCUGCUCUGCUGCCGCGGUCACUGGGCUGACAUCACAGCCAGCCUCCCCGUACGAAGAUGCUGCUGCUUCCGGCCUGAGUGGAGAGUCAGGCCAGCUGUGUGAGCGCUUCCCCGUCCCGCUGUCACACGGCUGCCUGGUAAUAUAGCAUAGUGUCUGUCGCCUUGGAAUUCGCGUCUCAGCGUUAUAGUGUCGGGUACUGGUGCCUUAUGUAUGUACCGGCACCGUCACCUAUACCCCGGGAGAGUCCGCUGUGGUCUCAGGCCUGAGGGGCUUCCUUCUCUCUGAGAGUAACGAUGUGGACCGGGAGCAGCAUGGUCAUCUCCCUCACUUCCAUCUUCCUGAUCCUGCUGCUGAUCACCCGCAGCCCCAGGCUCUCCUGCCUCCUGAUCUGCGGCCUCUACAUCCUGCUCGUCACCUCCAGGUUCCAUCCUGUGCCGGAGUCCCGGGCCCUGCAGGUGCUGAAACCCCGGGGUGAGGUCUCUGUCGUCGCCCACAGAGGAGGGGCACACGAUGCACCCGAGAACACCCUAGCUGCUAUUCGCCUGGCUGCACAGAAUGGGGCAACUGCUGUGGAGCUGGAUCUGGAGUUCACUAAAGACGGUGUUCCUAUUCUCAUGCAUGAUGACACACUGGAAAGGACAACGGAUGGUUUUGGCAAACUGAGUGACUUUACCUUUGCUGAAAUCAGAAAGCUAAAUCCGGCAGCUAAACAUCGCCUGAGGCAUGUGUAUACUGCCGAAAAAGUUCCAACUUUGGUGGAGGCGGUAAAAGAAUGUAUGCAGCACAAUCUAAUUAUUUACUUUGAUGUUAAAGGCCAUGCUACCCAGGCUGUGGAAGCUCUCAGGAAACUGUACGCUGACUUUCCCCGUCUCUACAACAGCAGCAUUGUCUGUUCUUUUGAGCCAAGUGUAAUUUAUAAAAUGAGACAAGCAGACAUGAAUGUAGUGACGGCUCUGACACACAGACCAUGGAGCCUCAGCCACCUGGGGGAUGGUGAACCACGUUUUAGCUCCAUGAUGAAACAUUACUUCUACAUCUCCAUGGAUGUCUUGCUGGACUGGUCAUUGCACAACGUCCUGUGGCAUCUGUGUGGAGUAUCUGCCUUUUUGAUGCAGAAGAAUUAUAUCUCAAAAGAUUAUGUGAACAUGUGGAACGAAAGAGGCAUUGAAGUUGUGGCUUGGACAGUCAAUACCGCCUCUGAGAAGCUUUAUAAUGAACACAUCUGGCACAUUAACUAUAUCACUGACAGCCUUGUGGAAGACUGUGACCCCCAUUACUGACAUGUCCGCGAGGAAACCAUCUCCAACUAUGCUUUCAGGGUGCUGGGAAUCUAAAGGGUACUAGGAAACGCCUGUCACUUGAUUUAUUUUGUGAAUGAUUGGUCUUCUGACUGUAUUUUACAUAGUGUUUUAAUCAGUGUGUGAGUAACAUCCUAAUAAUGCUAACAGGGGAAUAAAGGGAAUCGAGGCACUUAUUAGAAGUCAUGCAGUAGAAGCUUUUCCAUAGGCCUUUAUGGUUCAAAGGUGCUAUAUUAUUGGUUGAGGUAUAGGAGAUCUACAUGCAUUAGGUCAAUAGGCACUAGGUUUACAUGGACAAAAGGUUGAAAGGUCAACAUGACAAUGGGCGACACACUUUCUUUUCUUUCUGUUCAUUUUUGGGGUUAGUGUGGAUAGUUUUGGCAAUUGUUGAAAUGCAUCCCCUUGUGGCCUUGCUUCGCUCGCCACACUUUGGGUACUGUGUCUCGCUUCGUUCUCCUCAAGGGUACUGAAGCUUAUGAUUUGUGACUUCUAUAGUCAAGGAAGCAAAAAGUUAAAAAAAUUAACACCAAAAAAAAAAAAAAAGUGUCGACCAGUGUCACGUCAACCAUAUUAAACCUGUCGACCUUUUGAACCAGUCAACCUUCCUCAGUGUCUAUAUUUCAUAUGUCAACCUUUUGUCUAUGAUAACCUUGUGUCUGUCGACCCAUAUGGGAUCGACCUAAUGACUAUUGACCUAAUGUGUGUCAACCAACAGUCCGGGUCCCCUAUACUAUACAUAUUCUUUUGUCAGGUCAUCAUGCGAUUGGCUAUGUUUAGCAGCCCAAUUGCUACUCUGCAAUUUUAGAAGCUUCGCUACCUCUGUCUUUAAAGGUAAUCUGUCAGAUAUACAGUGGAAACAGCUAUAGAUGGGCUGAACCAAUCUUCAGGACAUUGGAACCUUGUUUGUUUAGAACCAGGUUCCUUGUGAUUAUUACCUUGCGUAUGCUUGGGAGGUAAUGCAUCCAUUUGAGGAUCUGUAUGUGGAAUGGUUUUUCUGUCUUAAGGGGCCUACACUCUGCGCGAUAUCUUGAAAGAUAUGAACAAAAUCGUUCAUAUCAUUCAGUGUGGAUGUGCGUGCCUGCAAUCGUUCAUUGUUGAAGAUCAUCGUUGAUACAUGCCAGUCAAUUUGGACGAUAUAGAUGUAUGUACUCUCAUAUCGUCCAAAUUGACCAUCGAUAUUGUCCAGUGUGAAGUAAAAAAAAAAUGAUGUUCAAAACGCCCAGUGUGUAAGCCCCUUUACUUUUUGCUGGAGAGACCAAAUAUAGAACAGCAUCUAUUCAGAGCCUGUCUAGAAUUCCACAAGUAUAGAGAAAUUAUUUCCCAUAGGGCUUAAAAGAUCACCCUGUUAAGAGUCCCUUUAAAUUGUGAUGAACGCAGUGCUGGCAGUGCACCAUGUUCAUGAGUGGUUACCCUUACUUGUAUAGUGGUGAUGGCACUGACUCCUUAUGUGGAUUUCUAAUGUAAGCAGCUUGUAAACAUUGCUAGUGAUGACUUAGUCUCCCUGGCUGGCCAUUUGGUGUUGGGUCUUUUUCUCGCUAAGCAUAAUACAACUACUGUAUGGGUAACAUGGUGGAAGCUCGUGUGCCAUAUUCUGUCUCUCUAGACAGAAUAUUUACAUAUAACCUGUGUGUUUGCCAUAACACUUUGGUGUUUUGAACAUACAGAUGUGUCCUCUUACAUCCUUGCUGCAGUCACGCUAGACAGCUCUUUAAGUCGCACCAUACUGUGGCAGGACUCUGUAGCGCAAAUUUUUUUUUUUUUUUGGCAGUUUUCAUCGCAAAAAUGCAUCUUAGUUUCAAAAGAACGCACAAGCAGAUCCGGUUGAUUAAAAUGAUACGUAGCAUGCCUAUAUUCUGUGUGUAAUUGCGGCUGUAAUUGCAUCUGAUAAAGUCACGUUGCAGUGUUUCCAGGAAAACACUUGCAUAGCAUUUUGUAUGCGAAUACAAUGCAGUCACACACAGAAUAAAGGCAUGCUGCAUAUCAUUGUAAUCGGCAAAAGCUGCUUGUACGUCCCAUUGCGUUACAUUGCGACUAAGACACAUUUUUGCGGGAAAAACGCAAAAAAGGCACAUCGCUACAGUCACAUGGCAUUUGCGCGUUGUGUAACACAACUUGUAGUGCACAGAGCAAAGAUGUAAGAGGACACAUCUGUAAGUAGAAAGAAAAUAUCAAACCUCCCCAGUACAUAAUGUCUUAGGUACAGAAUGAAGGCUUAGCAAUUAUACAUGUAUCUGGGAGAUGUAUCCCAUUUCAUAGUCAUUUUAGGAUAUAUGCCAGAGAGUGAAUAGAAUAUACAGUACGUCACAGUUUUGUCUACACAUUGAGGUUGAACAAUACUUCAUUCCUCUCUUCCACCAUCAGAUUCAUCUCAUACCAAACAUAAACACGUGUCACAGUUAAAUGUUCAAUUUACUUGUAAAAAGACCCUAUUCAUAUAUUAUAAGGAAUAACAUCCCAGGGUGUGAGAUGUAAGGAGUCUCUGAGUACAUGGACGUGUGCUUUAAUAUGGAAGUAGAACUCCUCAGACUUCUAAUAUCCUGUUAUACUUGUAAUGUAUACUACCUCUAGUCAUCUGCUAGAAUAAUCAACAUGUACUGUAUAAUUAAAUCAAUUCAUUAAAAUUUUCUCCAAAUUAACACAACUGUCAUGUUAAAACGUUACCUAUGAGCAGAUAAUACCACUAUUUAUAUAUAUAUAUAUAUAUAUAUAUAUAUAUAUAUAUAUAUAUAUAUAUAUAUAUAUAUAUAUAUAUAUGCACAAACCGUUCCAUCAAUGCUGUCUGACAGGCAUAUUUAAUAAAGAAAAAAUCUAACUUGUCUUUCAAUAGUGUUUCAUUAUCACUCUUGUGUUACCCUCUAUUGCAGUAUAAUUUUCAACUGUAUAUGACAAAACCCACUCUAUUCAAAUAUAGUUUAUUCUGCUGUUUUUAUAGUACUCAAAUGUGUAUGUACUCAGACAUUGUGGGGCUGAUGAUCCAUUUGAAGAACAUUUCUUGUGUGUUUAGCUCUGCAAUAGGAUUGGAAGGAAAAGUAAGAAGAAACUGUAUAGUUGACGCACUAGAAAGGAUUAAUUAAUCAUAAAAUUUAACCUUUAUUAAGUAUACAUUAAAAUAUAUAAUUUCAUUGACCCAAACUACAGUGAAACAUAAGAGUUAAAAUCAAACAAACUAACAUGUAUGUGAAACCUACAAGAUAGGAAAUGGUGAAUAAAGAGAUUUAAAAAGCA